ACCCGCCCGGGUCCCUCUCUUUGUAACUUGUUGGUGAAGCUAGGGGUCUUCAUAAUAGGGUUAUUUAAGAGAGGCAAACCCUCAGCAGAAAUUAAUCCCGCAGCCAAACUUUCUCUCUCUCAUUCGAUAAUUGCAACCCUCGUCAAACUCUCCCUCACCAUCAUUAUCGCCCAUCAACAUCUUCCAUCGUCAACGUUCAGGCCAUCAGAAAACGCCACCUCCGAUCAUCACCAUCAUAUUCCGGUCAUCGUCCAUCGUCCACUGUGCUGUGUUCCAUCGUCGACGCGGACGCAAGCCUUGCACCAUCGUUGCACGUCGCCAUCGCCAUUGACCAUCAAUCGCGACUCC